CGAUAUGAUUGGAUAUAUAGAAUUCUUGUAUGAAAAUUCCCACCCUCCUAUUUUGACCGGCAAUGGCCACAAAUUAAAGAAACGUAGCGCCCUUUGUAUCCAUCUUUCUCUGCAUAUAUAUUACAUGCUUGCAUGAUACACCUGGAAAAAUCAAAGUGAUCAUCAUCGUCAUCAUCAUGGGUUCACAGCUACAUCUGCUGCAUAUUGUUCUUGUUCUUGUUUGGAUUCUUUGUGGUGCAGCAGAUGCAGUAACUCAACCAAACUCAAAUUGCACAAAACGCUGUGGCUCCGUCGAAAUUCCGUUCCCAUUUGGCACCGACGAGAGCUGUUCCCUCGACACCUCCUUCCUCAUCUCUUGCAACCACACUUCAACCCCAUACUUGCCUCACAACAACGCAACCGUGCUGAGCAUCUCGCUCGACGACGGCGAAAUGCGCGUUUCAGCAGCAGUAGCUAGAGGCUGCUACGACGUCAACGGCACGCGAAUCAACGAAACCAGUUACGAUAAGAUCUUCAACUUGACACACUUCGGCUUCUCAUAGAGUAAAAACAAGCUCACAGCCGUUG